UUUUAUUUGGACUCGUGACCCAGUCGUGUAUAUCAAAAUUUUCUUUUCCCCGAUUAUCCACGUAAUACAUUAUUCGCGUGCCAGGAUUUAAUCACAUACUUUUACUUACCUUUAAUAUAUGUAAACGUACACGUAUGUGAGAAAUACACUGAAAACUAAUUUUGUUGUGUUGAUUUCUAAUGGCACCAACUGAUGAGGAUAAACGUAAAAUUACAGAGGGGUCGAGCCCUGACCGACCUAAGAAAAGAGUGAAUAAACCUCUGAUUGAGAAGCGUAGGCGAGAGAGAAUAAACGAGUGUUUAAAUCAACUCCAAACUCUCAUAGCUCAGCUAGAUAAAGAUAAAUAUAAGGUGGGCCGACCUGCGAAACUUGAAAAGGCCGACAUACUUGAAAUGACAGUAGAAUUUGUAAAAAAGACAAAAACAAGUUUACAAGGUCAAAAAGACGAUACAGAUAAUACACAACAGCAGUCGUACUUAGCUGGGUAUAAAAAGUGCAUGGACGAAAUCCAAAAUUUCUGCAGAGAAAACAAUAUCCCUCCCGAGUUGAAAACCUCACUUCAAAGUCAAAUCGAUUUCAAAAUUAGCCAAAUGAAAACAGAACAAGCAAUUGAUCUCACGACAAAAUCCGAAACCAAAGAUUCGAAAAUUGCCGAGCAGAUGAAUAUUCUGACAAGCAAUAAUACUAUUAUUCAACCAAAGUGCUUACCACAAGUUUCUAAUAAUUCUAAUCAAAUCCAAAACACUAAUGUACAAAUAGUUCAAAGACCUGUCAAUUCAAAUGGACAACUGGCUGUUGUCUGUCAGAAAGAACCAUCAACAUACGUGCUUGUUCCCGCCAUUUGUCAACCGUUCCAAAUACCGAAUGCUAGUCAAGGCUUUCCACUUAUUGUACAAAACAGUGCUCCUAAUUACGAAAUAAAGCCUAUGAUUUCAGAGAAAGCUGGACAAAUAUUUCCGGCAACUAAUAACGGCCAAUUUUUUAUGCUACCAAAUUCAUCAUUAUCAACACAGGGAAUUAAUACAAAUUUUACGUUUACUUCCGCUUAUAAACCGUUACCUACUGAAUCUAUCAUUUCCAAUUCUGUUGCAUAUUUCCCUGUGACGUCAUCAUUGUCAAGCGCGUGCGUUAUGACUCCUGCAACGUCAAGCAACUGCCAUACAAAUUCAAACAGACCUUUGCAUUCUAAUUGUGAACAACAAAAUGACAACAGUACAGCCCAACAAGACAAUUCCGGUCUCGAAAAUGAUGAAAUGUGGCGACCAUGGUAAAUGCAUUUUGUUGAUUUUAGUAAACUUAAAAAACGCGAAACCACGCAAUGUGCUGUAGUUAUUAAUGGUGCUUAUUUAUUAUCAUAUUAAUAUACAAAUUUCAUCUGUGAUACUUUAUGUUAUAUCUAUUUAUAAAGAUUAUUUGAUUAAACAUAUUUCUCUUAAUUUA